GCUGAAGGAACUGUCAGAGGUGACCACAUCUGGAAAAGAGGAUUUAUGCUCCACUGAAGAAGCUCAUCAAAAAUUUAUGAAUAUUUAUCCCAAGAUCUUCAUUAAAAAAAAGCCCAUAUUGCCAGGUAUUCCUGAAAAAAGAACAAUAGGGGUACAUUCCUGUAAUUUCUGCAAUGCUGUAGCUGCUGAAGGUUUUCACAACAUACAUUUCUAUUUGAAUAAGAUGAAAAGUCCCAAUAGGUUGCAGCUCGGCUUUCCAAAAUCCAGGGAGAGUGUGCAAAAUUUAAUAAAAAUACUCAAGAAAAUACCUAUUCUAAGAACUGAAAAAGAACAUGAGACUGUCUAUAAAAUAAUGAAAGUCAUUCCUGAUAUCAAUGAGCAACUAUCUGAAGAACAGAUUAAGGAAAUCAGCAAAGUAGUUCUAAGAGAAUACUGGGUGAAGGGAAGUACAGUGGAUGCAAGCCAAGGAUUCUAUAUAAUACUUAGAGGCUCUAUUAAGUCACUGACAAAGCAUUACAAAAGACUUAUCGGAGGACAUUUGAUUUCAGUGCCUCCUCAGGUGACUUCGGUUACAAAUGAAUCGAACCCAAACCAGUUAGCAUCAUCUGAUAAGUUUGGUGUAGGGUGCUGUUUUGGGACUUUGGUACCAUUUCCUUCAAGGAUGAAACGUGAUGUACUUAGUAUUCUUACUGAGGAAAACUGUGAUUUUCUCAAAAUUCCAUCCAUCAAUUACUUAAGGGUAAAAGAGGAAAUAGCAAAACAUGAACAGCAGGCCAAAGAAGCAGUAAUCCGUGGGUCUUCAUUUUACCAAAACUGGCCGAUGAUAUUUAUAUUUAAGUUAACUGCUCAGUUAAAAUGGAGGAAGUUUCCAACAGACUAUGUGUUUAUGAAAGAAGGUGAAAUAAGCAAAUAUGUAGGAUUCAUUAAGACUGGACACUGCAAUGCUUACCGAAUAAUUCCAGCUCUUGUAAAGCGAUCUUUGGGAAAAAUGGUUAAGCAAAUGAGACCAGUUUUCAUUGGCCAGUUAUAUCAAAACCAAUCCUUUGGAGAAACAAGUGUUCUUCUUCAGACACCAUCUACGUGUACACUGAAAGCAGCAACUCCUGUUGAACUGGGAGUUAUUAAUGCUACAGAUGUGCUUGCUUUGGAUCCAGUGAUACAGAUGCUCCUUCUACAAAUAGUACAACCAUCAUUUGAAAAUAUCACUUUUGAAGAUCUCAAGUUUAAAUAUAUUAAGAACAAAAAAGAAAAGGAAUGGAGACACAAAAAGGUAGCCAAGUAGUGAUUUCCACUGGGAACAUCCUUCUC